GAGAACUUCAAUAACCUCCAGGAAAGCUCUGAGGUUAGGGAGACUAGCACAGCCAAAGAAGACAUGAGGAGUCUGCUGGCACUGCUGAUUGUGACUCUGGCCCUGGCAGCACUCUGCUGUUGUGAGAAAGAUCCCAAAGAACCCUCAGGAUCUCUCAGCACUGACAGCAUCAAGAUUAAAAAAGAAGUUGCCAAUGCCUUCGUGAAGAGGAAGAAGAGAUCCAGCCCCUAUGAAUGGAUUUGCCUUGGCCUACAACCGCUUCUUUGGGAGAUACUGAGGAUGGGAAGGUCUCUCCGCUCGUUUGGCUUGGAACACUCCAAACCCCACAGGAGAAAGAAGCUGUGGUUGGGAAGGAGGGAAGGAAAGCAUCUGGACUGGCAUCUUCUUCUGUUGUCUCCCAACCAUCUGGAACACCAAGGCAGGGAUUAUCCCAUUUGUUGAGCUUCCAUUAACUUUCUUCCUUUCAUCAAUAAAGUCUCUCUUCAGACAUCUUUUGUGGUAUUUUGAGCUUCACCAGAAGACUCUGUCUUAUUUCCUUCCACCUGAAUCCCCAACACACAAUAUGUGGAAAAUAGGGAUUAGUUUCAAGGAAACCACUGCAUGCCUUAGAAACAUCACUAGCUCUCUUAUCCUCUUCUGCAAAAUACAGGAGGAUUAUGGAAGAAGAAUGUCACAGUGUGUGUAAAUGUGAUGGAUCUGAUCCUGGGAUGCUCACUGUGAAGAAGGAAGAACACCUGCCUCCUGUUCCAAUUAGUGGAAAAGUUCAGUAUUUUCAUGUAGAAUAAUCACAUUAAAUAUGCAUCACCAUGGGAUCAUUUGUAAAGAUAGAAGUGUGCAAAUACUCUUGCAUAGAUAGCAAUCAGCUUCUGGUACAUUCUUCUGAUUACUCAUAAAAUUUGUUGUAUAGCAACAAUAAAUAAAUCCUAAAAGGUGUGUUUAAGGUGUCCCUUUAGAUCAGCCCUUGCAUUUGUGUGCUGCUUUUCAUGACUGUAAAAAAAGACCUCGAAUUCUCUUGGUUUUGGUUUUUUGGUUUCGUUUUGUUUUUUUCCAACCAGCUUCUAGUGAAAAUAAAAAUACCCAGCAGAACAACAACAAAAAAACCCUCUUCUUCUCUGUUGCUUUUGCAUUUAUGCUUGAAACUAGAAGUACCUAAACAGCUAAAAUAAAAAUAAAAAAAAGAAAAAAAAAAAAGAAAAAAUAAAGCUAUAAAAAAAGAAAAGUGGUUCAAGGAUGGAUUGAAAUUGGGGCAGUGUUUGGUUUGUUUAAGACAAUUGGUUGUAAAUAUAUAUAAAAUGUAUGUGUAUUUUUAUCUACAUAUUGUCUUUCCUGUGCACUACUUCAUUCUGUCCUCUGGCAUUAAUAUUGUACCCUAGCAACUUUGUGCAUAACCUUCCUGAUUUACUCUGUCAGCUUUCCUUCCCUGAGAGGUGGAUGGCAGAUCACACCUCCAAGGACAGGGACUGCAGAUGCUCAGGAAACUGGCAGAGACCAGAUCUCUCUGGUUACAUGUGGUGCAACCAUCCUCAGCUGCUCAUUGCAAUAAAUACUGCUUAUAUAAA